AUGCGAAGUAACAUUUAUCGUGCGUCAUUCUCAUCACUAAGAACAAAAAUUCUGUAUAUUGAACGAAAGAAUCUAUGGAUGAUUCUUGGUAUUACUCUCGCUAUUAUUGUUAUUCUUGUAACAAUUAUUCCCGUUAGUGUUGUUCUAUCGAGAAAGGCAAAAGCGAAAGAAGUAGCCCAAACUACACCGACAACAUCAAUCAUCACAGAAACUUCAACAGCAACAAUAUCCACAAGUCAAAUUACAGAUGCACAUACAACGACUACUACCGACGUACCAAUUGCAACGACGACCGCAAUUGUGAAACCAGAGGGAACAACUGAAAUACCACCUGGUACUACGGCAGUAGUGAAACCACAGCAAACAACGGAAAUACUAGCUGGAACGACGGCAGUUGUAGAACCAGAAGGAACAACUGAAAUACCAUCUGGUACUACGGCAGUAGUGGAACCACAAGACACGACGGCAGUUAUAGAACCACAACAAACAACUGAGAUACCAACCGAAACGACGGGUGUGGUGGAACCACAACAAACAACCGAAGUACCAGUUGGAACGACGGCAGUUGUAGAACCACAAGCAACAACUGAAACAGCACUUCAGACAACAGUCGCGCAAGAAUGA